CCAGGAUACAAAAAAAAAGAAACAAUUUCUGAAAUCUCCAAAUCCAAUUCCAAAUCACUGUAACUGAUUCUUUAUGCUUGUUCGGCAACAUCUUCCACAUUGUAAGUAUUUGAGUCACAGAUAAUUUGAGUCCAGAAUCAAAAGAAUGGCAGAGGUUUUUGCGAUCCAUUCUCCGCGCAGCGGACAAAGCAGCAAGGAGGCCCCAGUUUCACACGAAGAAGAGGGACGACCAGCUACUCCUUCUGGUGAGUCUGCGGAAACAGCGAACAAGAGUUCUAGCACGUCUGCGAAUACGUCUAAAAACCAAAACGACAAUCCGACAGACUCUACGAGUCCGAUGAAAUCCCCUGAGAAGCAAAGUCAGUCUCCUGAGAUGAAGCAAAGUAGCAAGAAGCUGAGUUUUCGCGAGCAUCUUUCAGGAGAGGCGGAUUUUUUAUUACAAAGGAAUAGCUCUCGAAGAGCUCUAGAAGAUUUUGCGAAUCUUCUAGAUUCACUUGCGACAAUCGAGGAAACCUACGCUUCGAGCCUGCAGAAAUUGGUACAGGCAGACCACGCGCGAGCGGAUAUAUCACCACUCGAUGACGCGUAUGAUUCGGUGCGAAGCAUGCUGGCAAAUCGGGCGGAUCAUUAGGGGUGUUGUAUAGAUUUUGUUCAUUUUACCUUGAUUGUGUUAGUUACUGAAAGAGUCCCCGUCUAAGAUCAAGGCAGUAUCCUAGCGGAUCAGAUCCGGAGUGAUGUGGUAGCCAUGCUUCGCGGUAUGCUUGGUCAGCACGCAGCAGUGCAUCAGAGCGUCUCUGUGGAUGCGCAACGAGUCUCUAGACUCAACGGAGCCAAGCGACAUAACUAUGAGCUCCUGAAGCAGAAAUACAAGGAAACUUCCCUGACUGCAGAAAGGAUGCUGGUUGCUGCAUAUAGUGGAGGUCAUUCUUCUUCAGCGUCAGCAAGUAAAAGCUCGUCUUCCAGCACCUCUUGGGGAUCACUAUUUCCUACUAAUGGUACAGGUUCACCAGAUCCUGAAGCAACAACUACGAGUCCAACGAGUAGAAGUCCUACGAGUCCAACGCAGGAGUCUACAACUAAUGCUCCUACUACUAGAACAAGUGCUUCUGCCACUCCUGUGCCUGGUCUUGGAAGAACAAGUACUUCUGCAACUGCUUCUGCCACUCCUGUUGUAACUGUAUCUGGUCUUGGAUCUUCAGAGCCUUCAUCUCCACCAAAAGACGCCGGAUCGCCAAAAACCGGAAAUCUGCUAGGACCUGGUAACUUGUUGGGUCAAAAAAUACUGAGCAACAUUGGCUUACCAACUACAGCGGCUUCGGCCUCGUCCUCGAGUAGUAGACCAGUAAACUACAGACAAGAAAAGGAGAACCAACAUCAGGGGGAAACUUCGCUAGUCACUUCGCGUGGCAAGCUUUUUGAUGCGGUGAAAAGAGCUUACAUUUUCGAAGACGAGUUUCGUCGUGUCAGUUUGGAGGCAAGGGAAGCAGAGGAGGUCUACAGAGCACAGAUGGCUGCAAUACUGGACGCUUUACAGGACAUGGAAGAAAAAAAGCUCCAGUGUUUUCGAGACGCUAGUUUAUGGAUUUUCAGGAUGGUAUUGGUAUUAACAUUUUCUACAUUCAGAUCACUAGGACGACAUCGACAACGCGUUCUUCUACCAUGUAUUAAGCAGUAGCUGCGAUAAACCUUGAAUAUCAGUUAUUUCACUAGUGCGACGUUGACUCUACUUGAUACAAGAGUUACAACAUGGCUCUUUCAUCCGCCGCCUCUAACUAGUAUGCGCUUACUCGUUUACAAUACGAGUUGUAUUCGGAAUGUGCAGUAUGACAUCGAGGGAAUUUUCAAAUCUUGCGAAGAUGUGGACUCGGUGAAAGAUGUGCAAAAUUUCAUCCGUUCCAGAGUUGUGUCUCCGUCUGUCGAACAAGAAGGAGGUACUAAGACUGCUGUUUCUGCUUGGCAAAGGCUGAUCGCAAAUGAUCAGCCUUUGCCACGAUUCGUACGGUAUCGUGAGAUGGUUCCACCUCUAUCAAAUGAUCCGAGUUCUCGUGCCCCAGGCUCAGCUUCUUCGAGACUUCCAAGACGGCCUAUCGACCAAAUAUGCGGCGAAGUGCAGCGGUUAAGGGACUGCAUAGCGACACAGUGGUUUGAAAACGGAGACUUCUCACUUUUGAGGAAUCAAGAGUUUUUCGCCGCGUUGCGCGAGGAGCCUGAGUUUCGUGCCAGGAUAUUUGCAUGCAUAAGGCAGCAAAUGGUCAACAAGCAGUGUGCUGUAUGGGAGAUAGGGGAUGAUCAUGAAAGUAGUCUCAAGACGAAGCAGGAUGAACCUGGUCAAUCUGAGUACGGAGCCGUUCUUCACCACGCAGAUGACGUCCUAGUAGAAGCGAAAAACAGUGGCACUGAUGCAGGACUGCUGUCCAAUUCUAGCCUUGUGCUGCGACUGUUUACAGAAAUUCCAGAUCUCAUAUUAAGGAUGCACUCCUAAUUUGGUUGGUUUGUAUUUGUUAGUAAAUGCUAGUUUGUUGUUGCAUCUAAUUCAUGCUGAACGCUAUUCCGUUGUUAGUAAAUGCUAGUUUGUUGUUGCAUCUAAUUCAUGCUGAACGCUAUUCCGAGAGCUUCUGGGACCUGGAAACAGCGAAGCAUUUCGUUGCGACUUGUCGACGUGUUGAAGUCACUGUUGAAAGGCCAUCUUCGAGUUCAUCUUCUAGUAUAG